GCUGCCGAAGAGCUCACCACUGGCUCUGAGUGAAGGACCCGUUUGCCCAGGGAGAGCUGUCUGAGGGGUGCCAGUGUCCCUGACUCCAUGGUCUAGUGGGGGUGAGGAUGGUGCGCACUCAUAGCAGUCCUUGCAGCCCAGCCGGGGACGAGGUGCCACAGGUCAGGGGUGGUGGUCAUGUGCUGUGAGGUAGGGGCAGUGCGGGGAGGGCCUACCUGGGGGCUGCAGGCUAUAUGAGAGCUCUCAGGCAGGGUAGGUGCUGCUGCCAUCUCCACCUAACAGGACCAAAGCCAGCAGUGGGGGUGUCUCCCAUCCAGUGUCCUCAUCUGGGGGAGGUCGGUGGGUGGCAGGAGUGGGGGCAAGUUCUGUUGUGUCCUUUGAUCAUUGAAUGUAGCUUUUUGGGGAAAGUAGUGGGUGAGGCAGAGGCCAGUGCAGCGAGAGACCAGUGGAACACCUUAGGCACUUCUCUGCUGGUAAAGGUCCCUGUCCUAGGCACUAGGGACUACAGAACAGACCAUAUUCCGUGACCUGCCCUGGUGGAGUUUGUUGGGUAUGAGGGAGCUGUGUGCUAUGUGACGGAGGUAGGAGGCUUUGGGAAGGGACACCUUUGAAGCCAGGCUUGCAGCAAACCUUGCGCUGGAGCAAGGGCUUGAAAACGAUUGGGAGACACCUGGGCAGAGGGCUUUCCAGGCACUGGGCACAGCCUGUGCAAAGGUCCUGGGCAGGGCAGGACCUGAUUUGUUGGAGGAACAGUGAGGAGGCCCAUGUGGCUGAAGCAGAAUGAGUGAGUGGGGGGAGAAAGUGAGGCAGGGAGGGGCCUGAGCAGGUCAUGCAGGCCCUCGUGGGCCAUUGGAAGGACCUGGGUCUCUACCCUGAGGGAGGCGAGAGCCCUGGUAUGGUACUGAGUCAAGAAAAGAUGUGUCGGGCCCUGACCCCUGGUGCAGGGACACAGGCCAUGGAGGAGGUUCUGCCAGGCUGGUGAUGUGACUGGCCAGGACCAAGUGGUGAAUGGAAGGCAGAGUCUGGAUUUUAUUUUUAAAAAUCAUGGUAAAAUGUGCAUAACUUAGAGCUUACCGUCUUGAACUGCACAAUUGGGUGAUGUCUGGUGCAUUCACAAUGUUGUGCAAACAGCACUUUUUGUCUCAUUUUUUUAAAAAGAUGUUAUUUACAUUUUUUUAAAGAUUGUAUUUAUUUUGGGAAAGAGGGGAAGGGAGGGAGAAAGACGUGAGAAACACCGUUUGGCUUCCUUCUGUGCACAUCCCAACUGGGGACCGAACCUGCAACCUCCGACUGGGAAUUGAACCAGCAACCCCUCGGUUCACAAGCCGGCACUCAAUCCACUGAGCUGCACCAGCCAGGCACAAACAGCGCUUCUAGAACAUUUCCAUCACCUCAAAAAGAAAACCCAUCUCUGUUAGCAGUCACCCUCAGCCCCUGGCAACCAUGAACCCACUUCCCGUCUGUAGAUGUGCCUGCUCUGGACAUAGCACAUAAGUGGAAUCACACUCGGUGGCAUUUUGUGUCUGGCUUCUCUUACUGAGUUCAAGGUCUCACAAGUUAUCAUGUGUUCAAGGUCCAUCCAUCCACAUUGUAGCAAGUGUCAGUGCUUCACUCCCUGAAAUGGCUCAGUAAUAGUCCAGUGUGUGGAGGGACUACGUUUUGUCUAACCAGCUGAUGGGCAUUGGGAUUUCCACUUUGUGAUUAUUUUGAAUUGUUGCUGGGAACAUUUGCUUGCAGGUUUUUCCUCCAGUGUAUUUUGGAAACAGAUGAGGACCGGGUGGGGGUGAGGAGAAGUCUAAGCACCUGGAAAGGUGCAGCCGAGAAUGCAGAAGUGAAAUUCCAAAGCUUCAUUUGGCUCAGAGGCCCCAUGUGGAAAUACAGAAAGGGGGCCAGGGGAGCCCUGAGCCCCCAGCCACUCAGGUGUGGCCCCACCUCCUUCCUUCAGCCUCAGCUAGGGCGGGAGGGAGUGGGCUGGCCAGGAGCCAGGGCCACCAGCAGCAUUGCCAGGACACAGAAUGGCCUUUGUUGCUGUCAACAAUGGCCUCACAGGCACUCUAGGCAGGAGCACCCAGGAACCCAGAGGCAGACAUGCAGACCCCGAGGCCGGAGGCUACCCAGCACUGUAUCCCCCAGGGGACCCUGGAAGUGGACUUCCCGGCACCUCUCUACAGUGAUGACUACCUGUCCCUCAUGGGGCCCUGCUGGCCACCAGCCAUCAAGCAGGCAGUACGCUGGGCCUACACACCCAUGGGAUGUGACGCAGCCAGCCAGCUGUGGUAUACUGGCCUAACCAACUCGGGUUUCCGCGAAGCCUGGUAUACACUACCAAGGGCCCUGGACAUCCCCUACCGCGAGGCUUAUGCCCACUGGCUUGGAUGCUACAGCCACCGGAAGCACAGCAUGCCCUCAGCCUACGCCCAGCACCUCCGGGAAACUGCCUGGUAUGACCCCAUCGUGCCCGCCCAGUACAGGGUCCGCAGCCCACGGUGGGGGACCAUGCUGUGGAAAGACAGACCCAUCUGGGGCAAGGAAUAUGUGGUUAACAGGCACCAGUACGGGGUGGAGCCGCUGGGGCUGGCCUCAGACUACGUGCCCUACCUGUCUGCACUGCAGCGCCCGCGCUACACGGCCCAGAACUACCGGCAGUGGGACCUAGAACCCUACUGCCCAUCCACUGGCCAGCGACCCCAACCCCUCUACACAUCUGCAGUCUGAUAAAGACUCCCUCUGGGGAUGCUGCCCCUGGAUGUAUGUUCACGUCUGGGGAUCGGGGCGCUGGUCAAUCAGGGAAAGGGAGUCACUAGCCAGAGGUCCCGGGCAGGGGUCCCUGCUGCCCUCAGCGUUCCAGGGCCAGGCAGACGGCUGGGGCCCGUCCUCCCCACGAGUGGCUCUUUAUCACUGUCAGCAGUGCCCUGGAGACCCCAGCCAUGCUGGGGGUGAGGUGGGGCUGGGGCUGAGUUCAGGGCAGCCCUGGGGCCCCAAGACCUUCACAUCCUGCCCCCAUGCAACUUGGGGCACCCCAAGUCAUCCAUUAGAAUUAGGCUUGGGCAUCCCCAAACUCAUGAGGACCCAUAGGCCCCUGGUAUCCAGGGGGCCCAGCUAGGCAUCCCAUCCAGCAGAGAUGAGUCCAGCCCAUCUGGUCCUCACCCACCAUCCCUGCAGCCAGGCAAGGAAGGGGAGGGGUGGGGACUGGAGAAGCAGGGGCUGGAAAGUGCGCAGUUGAGCUCUUUUGCAUAGGGCAGGACUCCAGGGGCUCCUGCAAGAGAGGGUAGGGGUGGGGUUAGUGAGCGUGGGGCCUGUCCCAGCACCCCCCACCCACAGCCAGGUUGGGAAAUGGCAGAGGUUGUGUGUAACUCACAGCUCCGCAGGCGGAUGGGCCAGAUGAGGAGACUGCACACAGAGAGGGUGGCGGCCACGCCUAUGCCGCCUGUCACAGCCACCAUGACCCAGUGGUAAAAGCCCACACAGGCCCUGCAGCAGAGCUCCGAGCUGGGGCAACAGAGGAUGGAGGAGCUGGAGUGGACACUUGUGAAGACCCUCCAUCCUCAGCCUGGACCUCCCACUCCUCCCACCUCAGUUUGGGCAGCCCUGUUUUCCCCAGCAUUCAGGCCAGAACCUAUGGGUCACCCUCAACCCUUUUUCCUCCCACGUUGCCAGCUCUGUCAGCUCUGCCCUCAAAGUCUAUCCUGAAUCUGCCCACUGCUCCCUCCUCUGCCUCACCUGGUCCAGCCCAUCACCACCCAGCUGAACCAGUGUAGAUGCUUCCACCCUGGUCCCCACCUUCCACAUACUGUCUUCCUGGGCACAGCAGAAGAGGGCGCCUGUGAGCACCGGAGUCAGGCCACCCCUCCUCUGUCCACUGCCCUCCAGGGCUCCCAACCCCCUGCCCCGGGGGCGUAAAAGCCCAAGUCCUCCACAAGGCCCUGCACAGCUUGCUCUCAACCUCUCCCCACCCCCUCUUACGCUCCUGGUAAAUGAACUAACAAAUGAGUCACACUCACGAACAGGGGUGCAGGCUCUGAAUGACCAUGACUGCCAACCCAUUGGCCACUUUAUCUGAAAAACUCAUGGCACCGUACACAAAGGCUCCGCUGUGCUGGGGGGACACAGGCAGGGGCAUUAGCACCCAUGGUCUGGGCCCUGGGCCCCAACCCUCACCCAGCCUUGCCCACCAGUCCUACCGUGUGGGGACCGAUGAGGUCAGCUGUCAUGGCCAGUGAGGUGACGAGGAUGGUGGCACAGCCCAAGCCCAGCAGCACUGCUGCGGCGUACACGGCCAUACCCAGCUCAUGCACCAGCGCCACCCAGGCCGCAAAGACCAGGAUUACCAGCAGGCCAGCGAAGUAAGUCAUCUGCAGAGGAGACUGGCAUCAGGCCCGCCUCACUGGGCAGCUCCCAGCCUGGCACCUGCCCUCUCUGAUCUUCGGUCCCCUGACCCCUGCCCCUAACCCCAGAGAGUGAGGGGGGUCAAGUUGGACCAUCGCUAAGGAAUCCCCACCUCUGACUUCAUCAGAGAUCAGAAGUUCUAGAAAGAGGUGGCUAUUUACAUCUUAAGUGCAAAUCCAUUAAAUUAAAUAACAUGAAACAUUCA